GCCCCCAGUAACUUCCGGUUUAAUUGGCUUUACGGUUUACGAUCAUGAAUUCGUUAUGGGGGGAAAUUGCGGUUGUUCCUGACACCGAAUCGGGAAUUGCAGCUAUAGAACGGGAGCAGAUGACUAAAUUAAGACCCCUAGAAAUUGAGGGACCAAGAUUACAUCAAUGUUCAAGUCGGCAUAAACCUCCAACCAAUGAUCCAUUACCUGCUGAUCGUUUUCUCACCGACCCUGUGACUUUACAUACCAUCAGGUUGAUUCAGUAUUCAAAGAAAUUAAAACAUCUGAUACAAUUAGCACAAGAAAGUAAAGCUAACGAUAGUGAUACAACAUUUCCUGCUCCACCACCAUUACCAGUUCUAACUGUCGACCCUCCAAAACAUAAAAUCCUUAAACCCAUACCAUUCAUGCCUCAGAACUUUGACAGUAAAUUUGCUAAAGGUAUUGGAGAUCCUCCACCUGUUAUUGAUGAAGUAGGAAAUCGUAAAUUAUUACGGAGGACCGUAGCAACAAUAUGUGCUCAUGCUGGCUUUGACAAUUCAACAGAAUCAGUUGUAGAGACAUUGACAGACAUAACUCACGAAUUUUAUCUCAAUUUAACUCGUCAUUUACGAGCAGCAGCAGAUACAGCAGCAUUUAAUUCCAGAUCUGAAUUUCCUGAUAUAAUUGAACAAGUUUAUCAUGAGAUUGGGUUAGGAAGUAUAAAAUGUCUACAUGAAUUUUAUCAAACUAGAAUUAUAAAUUAUCGUGAAAAUAUGGAGAAGCAGUGUCAGCAACUGAUGGUGGAAUAUGAAAAAUUACAAGAACCAACACAACAAAAACCUUCCUCAUCUCAACCAGAUACAUUCCAUGUGAUAAGAAUAAAGGAAGAAGCAUGUUCAGAAAUUCAGUUUCCAUCUUUAGAUGAGAAUGAUGAAGGCAAUGAAACAGAACAUUUAUUACAACUUGAUGGUUUAGGAAGUUUUGAAAUUACAGUAGAACAGGAAACAACAAGUGGUCUAACAACAGAAGUUGAAUCAAAAUGGAGUGGAAAACAUGAACAACAAGAUCAAAAAGGAAAGAGUGAAUCACAAGAGGAAAGUGAUGAUCAGGUAAUAGAGACACCAGCAGAUCAUCUCAGUGAUAGUUUUAUGAGUCCAGGUUCGAUUCCUGUCACAGAUAUUCUAUCACCACCAUCUAUAUCACGACCUAGUAAACCUAAAAAACGGAAAAAAUGAGAAGGAAAGAUGUGAUUAGAAAUAAGGAUUAUAUGUCUUGAAGAUGGUUUUAAUAUCAUGCCAUAUGGUUAAUGUGAUUCAUAAUCUGUGUUGGAUACAUAAAUGGGACACAAGGAAUGCAGGUUACUAUAAUUGUAACUUUCCUUUCCCAUUUAAUGUACCCUUUUCUGUGCCUAAGAAAAGUCUGCAAACUAUGGCAGAAAAGGAAAACAACAUUAUGUAUAACAGAACAAGAAAGUGGAGAAGUUAUAUAUAACAACACCAGAAAGUACUUUAAUGGUAUGCAGUACUGUACUAGAACUGUAUAUAGCUGACAUUUUAUAUUUUUAUUACAAGAAAUAACAGUAGAACAUGGAACAAUACCGAUACUGAUUGAAAUUUGGUGCAUUAUUGCUGUCUAUAUUCCAUCAUCCUCUUUAGAAAGGAAUCAAGGUUGCCACACUAACCCAUGUCAUUACUUCUACUGGAGUUCUUUGGAGUAGGGGAAGUCACCUUGGAAAUGAAAUGGGGUUUCAUGUCCUACUGUUCUGCUCCGACUGUGCUAAUGAAGAUGGACAUAUGCCAUACAGUGUGCUAUGAGGGAAAUUUUGCCUGGGCAGCAGCGCUACGGCAAACUUUUGUAUCAAAUUCCAACUGUCAAUGGAUCUUUAACGUGUGCGUCAAUGUGUACAUGGGACCUUGGUUUUUUAUCUCAUUCGCACAACUAUACGUUGACCCUUUCCAGGUGCUUGGUCUUGCACCACUGACAAAGGGGGACCAUGCUGGAAAAUCCCAAUGAACUUUCUCGGCCAAUGCAGGGAUCAACUUGGGACCUCCAGGUUAGCAUUGUGGCUCCCGAGUCACUUCCGACCCUCAACUAGAAUGUGCUUGAUUCAAAUUCUGAUAAAAAUUCUCAGGAUUUUUAAAGCCAGGUCAUACAUGUAGCAUUGGUUAGUUGAUGGGACAAAAAACCGAUGCCACCCGUUUACAUUUUUAGGUGCACAUAAAUGAACCCGUGACAGUGGAAUUUGUCUUCUCCCUUGCAAUGCACACGACGCCAUAGAAAAUAAAUACGAGGGAAGUAUUGUUUUGACGAGAUUACUUUUCAUGAAUGAGGUAGCAUCGAGUAUCAAUCGGUAACGUGGAAUUGCAAUAUUCAAUUUGUAUGUGUACAAAUGCCACUGUCUACGACCGAAUGUAACAGGUUACCUAGUUGAAAUAAAGACUUGCUGUACUAUA